CUGCUGCUAGGCAAAUUGCAAACGAAGCGCUUUGCUCGACAAAACAAGACGUUCCCGUCUCAGAUAGAAGACAAUGGUCCUCUUGAUGUCAAAUAACGCUCCUACUAGGCUCAAUUAGAUGAUUGCUGCAGCUUGGUGCGGCGCUGUCCCUUCCUUUCUUGCCCCCACUCUCGCCCCUCCACACUACCCGCCCGUCGGCCUAUCCACGCAUGCGCACAUACUACACACACACAAACACGCGCACUGUACGCACAUCCAACCUCCACAAAACCACGUACACAGACAUAGACAAAUUCAUCUUGCCAGCACCUCUCUCUGCUGCGCUCGCAUCCAUCAUACCGUCGCCGCGCCUCAUCGCCUGCACCGCCGGUCAAUUCUCUGCUCGCGGCUCGCGGCUGGCGGCUUCUAAGCCUAGCGCAGCCGACGUGCAUCAUUAUUUUCCAUCACUCGAGAAACUUACCGACAGUCGCUAUCGUCCAAUAUCGGCGCCAAGCUCAUCUCGAGUGGCUGGGACAGAUGUCCAGGUACCAGCGCUAGCUGUCCCUAUUUGGUUACUAGCCACAUAGCCUCACCCUGUGCAGCUGUGUCGUCUAUAGAGCGGUGAGGGGCGUCUCGGAGGAUUCUUGCUUUAUCGAAUAACGGGGGGGGGGGAGGCCGUGGAUAGCGCACUGCUUUGGCUAUCGUUGAGGUGUCCUCACUGCACAUCACUGUGUGGGCUGCCCCCAAAUGACGGCAUAAGCUUGGGCGGAUCAUCAUUGGAUUGGUACUCGUGACCUGAGCAAAAAAAACCCUGUUGCGGUGAAGGAUAAAAGUAGGCAAAAACAAAAGAGAGAGAAAAGAGGGAC